AUGGGUAUCAAAGGUUUGAAUGCUAUUAUUUCCGAGCAUGCUCCAACUGCAGUACGCAAGAGUGAUAUCAAAGCAUUCUUUGGUAGAAAAGUUGCUAUCGAUGCAUCUAUGUCCCUGUACCAGUUUUUAAUUGCUGUGAGACAACAGGAUGGUGGACAGUUGACAAACGAGAAUGGGGAGACCACGUCACAUCUGAUGGGGAUCUUCUAUAGAACACUGAGAAUGAUCGAUAAUGGUAUCAAGCCAUGCUAUGUUUUUGACGGUAAACCUCCAGUGCUGAAAUCUCACGAAUUGACAAAGAGAACAGCAAGAAGAGUAGAGACAGAGAAGAAGCUGGCCGAGGCUGUCGAGCAAGCAGAUAUUCUCAAGCAAGAGAAGAGAUUAGUCAAAGUCUCCAAGGAACAUAACGAUGAGGCCAAGCAUUUGCUAGAGUUGAUGGGGAUCCCAUACGUUAAUGCUCCCUGUGAGGCUGAAUCUCAAUGUGCAGAAUUAGCAAAGAAGGGCAAAGUCUACGCUGCAGCAAGUGAGGAUAUGGAUACUUUAUGUUACAGAACACCGUUCUUAUUAAGACAUUUGACUUUUUCUGAAGCUAAGAAAGAACCAAUUCACGAAAUUAACACCGAAACUGUGUUGGAAGGACUGGAACUAACUUUGGAACAGUUCAUAGACUUGGGCAUCAUGCUGGGGUGUGAUUACUGUGAAAGUAUCAGAGGCGUGGGUCCUGUCACCGCUUUGAAGCUGAUCAAAGAACAUGGCUCUCUAGAGAAAAUCAUUGAAUUCGUAGAGAGCCCAGAUUCUAAUAGCAAAUGGAAGAUACCUGAAAAUUGGCCAUAUAAAGAAGCAAGAGAUUUGUUUUUGAAUCCAGAUGUUAUUGACGGUGCUGACAUCGACCUGAAAUGGAAACCACCACAAGAAGAAGCACUAGUCAGUUAUCUAUGUGGUGAUAAGAAAUUCAGUGAGGAAAGGGUCAGAUCAGGUAUCAAAAGAUUACAAAAAGGGUUGAAAUCAGGUGUACAGGGAAGACUAGAUGGAUUCUUCAAGGUCGUACCAAAGACGAAAGAACAACUGGAAGCUGCUAAGGCUAAAGCUAAAGCUUCAAAAAAAGUAAUAAAGUCACCAAGAAGAGAAAGUAAAGGUAAUUAA